GCUCUGUACUCCCACCAUGUCCGUUCAGGCCCUCACUGAUAACGCAUAUGAACUACCAAGAUGCACUAGUAUCUGCCAUACCUCUCUGAUAUGGAUUGUAGCCAAGGUUAUUGCCGACCCUACUAGCCCGAAGUUCCUUCCGCUGUCGCCUAAGGGAGUCCAAGGUUGACAGCCUCUGUCGCCCAUCUAGCGUAGCCGCUCCUUGAGCGUCGUGAUAGAUACACACCCUGCAUGCACUUCUAGGACCUGAACCUGUCUUCGGGUCUUACUGCGCGAUGCUCGGGCGGAGAACUGAUAGCUCAGCGCUAUAAGGCGAGACGAAAGCCAGGGCCACAUCCUCAACUCACGAUGUCGUCCUCGCUGCGGGACUUCAUUGCUUCUCUGACCAAGGGGAUCUACACGGUCUACUUAUUUACCGAGACGGAUAUUUCACCCUUUCUUUGUCCUGCGCUGGCCAUGGGCAUGGUCCUCGCUGGACCCCCAGACACGCUCGCGUUAGUCGAGGGGAUUGUGUGGACAGAGCUUCACCUUCUUUCCUUCCAGACCAAGAACCAGCUUCUCGGGCUGGAAGAAGACCGCCUCUCGAAGCCGCAUCGCCCUGUCUCCGCCGGCCGCAUCACUCCCGAGGCGACGCGCAUCCUUCACUUUGCCUUCUUCGCCGCGUCGCUUGCUCUGAGCGCCUAUCGGGGUCUUCUUCCGUGCAGCGCGCUCUACUUCACUGCGUUAUCCGCCAUCGGGUAUGUUUGUUAUGGCUGGGGAAUGACGGUCUGCUUUGAUCAUGGCCGCCCACUUUCGCCUCUCGCUCGUAGCGCAUUGGCCAUGACCGGCGCUAUAUUCGCGACCACGGGUUACGCGCAGGAUUUCCGAGACCGCGCAGGUGACGCCGCAGUAGGGCGCAAUACAGUUCCUCUCAUCCUUCCUCGUCUUUCGCGAUGGUUGCUAGGCGUAUCGCUAUUUGGCUGGACAUCCGCGCUAGUGUACUACUGGGAGCCUCCCGUCGCCUUUGCCUUCCUUCUCGGCGGGAUUGGGUUGACCAGCACCAUGCUCUUUGCAAGGGGGUGCACGGAAGCGGCAGACGCCCGCGCGUACUGGUGGUAUAGCAUGUGGCUGAUUGCUUGUCAUGUUCUUCCCAUCUUUCCCAGACUGAGAGAUGCGGUGGACACAUGACCAACAUGCAUUCUUCUCAUUCAGUGUAUGAGUUCUUCCUUUCCUUCAUAGAGCCAAGGGCAUGACGUCGAACUGAGGCAUGCCCUGGUCCAGUAGCAUUGGCGAGAGAAUAUGUCAGAUUGCUUUCACGAACGUUCACCCAACUUCGAAGGUCAA